AAAUUAUUUACAAAACUGUUUAUUUAAAUAUAUUGAUAUAGAAUGACACACGAUGUGCCUGUAUAAUUAAAAUUGGUGCCUUGUGUUAUAAGAAAAAAUCUAUUGAAUAUGACCUGGAAACUUGUCCGGACACUGAAGUAAACAAUUAUAAACAUGGACACUGGACAACAGGUUUUAUUAAUUUAAUAAUUUGACUCGGAUCAUCACAUACGAUAUAAGACUUUGAAUUCUGCUGAAGUGGAGUUUAUAUUAUCGCAGCUAAAAUGGAUAUCAUUGAAACAAUAAAAAAAGAUAAAGCAUAUAUCAAAUACAAGUUAAUAGUAAAAAAUUGGGAGAACGAAUUUAAGAACACUCACUCACGAACACCUUCUAAAUUUGAUAUAAAAGAAGCUCCAUCUAAGAUAAAGUACGCAUACAAGAAAUAUUUUCAGUUAAAAAGUUCAGCUCUAGAAAACUCAUUGUCUAUUUGUAUUGAUGAUGAGCCUCUUGGAUCUCCUGAUCAAUCUCAUUUCGAAAGUGCCUUUGAGACUUUAAGCCCUCCUACUGAGCAACUGGUAGCCACCCUGCCUAGUGGAUCUCAACUCAAUGAACUACUUUCUAAUGUAUCAUCAACAUCUUUUAAAAAAGAACCUUUGAAAAAUGUUCAACCACUAAGCCCAUUUACAGACAAACUAUCAAAAAAACUCUUUCAGAACAAACAAUUUUCUUUGAGAAAUCCCAGAAAAGUAUCAUUACAUAAGUCACAGUCUAUGAUUGAAAGCAAAAUUGAAAAUGAGAGUGAGUUUAACAAGAUUGAAAGUUUGUCUACCACACUUACACAAAUUGACAAUCAGACAACUUCUGUCCCUACAAAUAAUAGUACUUUGACUAAUAAUGAUAUACCCAGGAUCUUUGGCAUUGGCAGUCCAGUUAUUAACAAAACACCAACUGUUAGAAAACUUAAUCAAGGAUGGCUAGAAAGGGCAACUGGACUGUCGUUACACAAUAUGGCAACUUCAACACCAGGUGAGAAACCAAAAACAUUUGGUUUGGGAAAUAUUUCAUUACCGGUGGUGCAAUUACCAGUUACCAAACAGAGAACCGAUGAGAGGAUUAUAUCUGAGCCUGAUGAAAAUAAAUAUGAAGAUUUUGUCGAAAAUAGUGAAUCUGAAGGGGAAGAUAUAUCUUUUUCCAAAUUAAAGCCAGCCCUUAAAAAAAGGAAAUUAGAAGAUGCAAUAAAUAUGACUAAAGCACAACCAUUGGACAAUGUUGCAAAAACUACCACAGUAGAACUUGAUAAAAGCCAAAGUCCAGAGAAACCCUCCAAAAAUAAAAGAAAAAAGAGAGUUGUGAAAAAGCAACCUAAAAAUAUAGAAUUAGAUACUAAAGAGCAACAGCCUCCUGACAUUGCAGAGUACAUCCCUUUUGGCAUUGAAAAUGUAAAGCCGAGACAUUCUAAUGUCACAGACAUACUGAAAACUGUAGAAGAUUCAGUUAAAUAUGACAAAAUUGAAAGUGAUUCGGAAGCUACAGGUAAAUUAGAAAACAAAAUCAGAAAUGGCACACUGAAUGAUAACUUUGUAAAAAUCAACAUAGAGAAAAAGGUAUUUGUCCGUGGUAAAAAAAGUAUAAAUUUUUCCAAGUACAAAAAACAACAAUAUAAAGACAAAAAAGCACUUCAUGCUGGUAUGGAGUUUCCAGAAGCAGGAAAGAUGUUAUGUUUCAAAUGUGGAAAGUCAGGGCAUAUGGCAAGAUAUUGCACAGCUCAUAAAGGAGAAACUCUUCUGCCAUUAGAAAACUAUGAUGAUAAUAAUAUUCCCUCUUUAGAAGAUAUAGAGAAAGUUGUCAAUAAUGAAACAAAUAAAUUAUCACUACCAGAACAACUUAGUACAUCUGUUUAUGAAGCUAGUACAAUUCCGGAGUCAUUCCUGAAAUUGCUUGCGGACAAACCUUCAAAUGAUGAUAGAGAAUUAAGACCAAUAUACUCCAAUAUAGAAGAGGAAUCUUCAACGGUUUUACACGAAGCACUUGAUAUGUUUGGACACAAAUCAUUUCGACCUGGACAAGAACAGGCAAUCAAGCGUAUACUAGCUGGUAUGUCUACUUUGUUAAUACUGUCUACAGGAGGAGGUAAGUCACUCUGCUAUCAACUACCAGCAUAUAUUUACAGCCAGCACUACAAAUGCAUUACCCUAGUCAUAUCACCACUGGUUUCUCUGAUGGAGGACCAAGUUUUAAGUAUGCCAGACUUUCUCAAAGCUGGGUGCUUGCAUACUAAUCAACCACCAACACAACGCAAGAAAAUUAUCCAAUGUUUGAAGGAUGGAGAGAUAAAUAUUCUCCUUAUAUCCCCAGAAGCAUUAAUAUCUGGGGACUCAUCAAAUGGGUUUGCAGGUUUGUUUAAAUCAUUGCCACCCAUUGCCUUUGCAUGCAUAGAUGAAGCUCACUGUGUUUCACAAUGGAGUCACAACUUCAGACCGAGUUAUUUAAUGAUUUGUAGGGUUCUUCGAGAAAAGCUAAAUGUUAAAUGCAUCCUUGGCCUAACCGCAACUGCAAGUCAAUCAACAAUAAGAAGUGUAAUUAGUCACAUUGAUAUUCCUGAUGGAUUGAGUGGAGUUAUAACUAACCCUGCCCUUCCUGAUAACCUGUACUUGUCAGUAUCAUUUGAGAAGGAUAAAGAUAGGGCAUUGGUUUCAUACCUGACUUCGGAACGUUUAAGUUCCUUUAAUUCUAUUAUAGUAUAUUGUAUAAGAAGAGAUGAAUGUGAAAGAGUGGCUGCUGUGCUAAGAUCAGCCCUUCAAGAACCUGGCAAAAUUCACAUGGAAGCUCAAAACAAAAAAAGAAAGAGAAUGUCCUAUAUAUCUGAAGCUUACCAUGCUGGCAUGUCUGGAGCUCAGAGAAAGAAGAUUCAAAAACAGUUCAUGGAUGGCACAUUAAGGAUAAUAGUGGCUACAGUAGCUUUUGGCAUGGGAAUAAACAAGUCUGAUAUCAGAUGCAUCAUCCAUUAUAAUAUGCCAAGCAGUUUUGAAUCUUAUGUGCAAGAAGUUGGCAGAGCUGGAAGGGAUGGACAACCUGCCUAUUGUCAUGUGUUUAUGAGCAGUAGUAGCAGCGAUAAGAAUGAGUUGCUGAAACAUAUCCACGCAAAUACAAUUGAUAGGUCAACAGUGAGAAAAUUACUUCAAAAGGUGUUUAUCCCUUGUGACUGCACAAAAAGAUGUGAAGAAUCAACAUCCAAAUCUGCAAAUAUUAUACAAAGAUGUAAAGGACAUGAAGUUGGAAUCCCAAUUGAUGUCACAGUGGAAGAAUUAGAUUUACCUUCUGAAAAUAUUGCAACCUUACUGUGUUAUAUCGAGCUGCAUCCAAAAAAAUACAUUAAAGUUUUGAACAAUGCUUACACCAUGUGCAAAAUUUCGUCUUAUGGAGGACCCCAAAAGAUCAUUGAAGCAGCAAAAACUUGUCCUCCCCUAGCAAUGGCUGUUCUAAUGGAGUCAAAGAAGCAUAAAGACAUAUCAAAAAUCAAUGUUUUGGAAUUUGAUGUUAUUCAAGUAGCUGCUGCAAUAGGCUGGGAAAGUGGAAUGACGAAAUAUCAUCUGAAAAAUUUAGAGUGGAUAACAGACGGCGCCAAAUCUCGACGAUCACAACUAAAGAUAGAAUUCCAUACCCUUGGCUUCAAGAUUAAAGCUCAAGGUGACCUCACACCGGCAGAACUCGACUGUAUGCUGGACGAUCUUCACAACUUAGUGAUGAUUCAGGAAAAAGCUAUGUUAUAUCAGUUAGAAGAAAGCCACGCAGCAUUUAGUAAACUUGGUAGCAAUUCUGUGGCAGGCAGCGAAUUAUCGCAAGAUAGUCUUGUCACUAAGUCUAACGAGCUUAAGUCGACAAUACGUAAUUAUUUCCAAAGGGAGGAGCAUUUUGCAUGCGAUAUUGAGUGCCAAGAACGUCCAAUCGACACAGAAAGAGUUAUAAGUGAUGUUAGAGCUUUAAUUGCUUCAUACAGAGAUUGUAGCUUCAAUGGACGCAGUAUAGCACGAAUAUUUCAAGGUAUAUCUUCACCUAAUUUUCCAGCGAUUGUUUGGGGCAGGUGUAAAUUUUGGAGAGCUCAUAUUCAUGAGGAUUUUUACGGAAUUAUCAGAUUAGCAACACAACAGUUAAUUCAAAUGAAAAAUAAUUAAAUGAGUAAUGUUCAAUAAUUGACAAUUUGAAAUAAUAAACAAUGUGAUA